UUUGAACGUGUCAGUAUGAUGGUGAUCCUGUUGAACUGUGUGACCCUGGGAAUGUACCAGCCCUGUGAGAACAUCGACUGCUCCUCAGACCGAUGCCAAAUUCUGCAGGCCUUUGAUGCGUUCAUCUACAUCUUCUUUGCCCUGGAGAUGGUUGUAAAGAUGGUCGCCCUGGGAAUCUUUGGUCGCCGCUGUUAUCUUGGGGACACGUGGAACCGGCUGGAUUUCUUUAUCGUCAUGGCAGGGAUGGUUGAAUACUCGCUGGACCUACAGAACAUCAACUUCACUGCCAUUAGAACAGUGAGAGUUCUUCGGCCUCUCAAAGCAAUUAACAGGGUGCCAAGCAUGCGUAUCCUGGUGAACCUGCUGCUGGACACUCUGCCCAUGCUGGGUAACGUCCUCCUCCUCUGCUUCUUCGUCUUCUUCAUCUUUGGCAUCAUCGGGGUGCAGCUGUGGGCGGGCCUGCUGAGGAACCGCUGCUACCUGGAAGAGAAUUUCACGCUCUCUACUGGUAUCAGCUUGCCCCGGCCUUACUACAUGGCUGAUGAGGAUGACGAGCGGCCCUUCAUCUGCUCCCUGCCAGUCGACAACGGCAUCAUGUCGUGCUCGGACGUCCCGGCUCGCCGUGAGGGAGGCAAGGCUUGUUGUCUGGACAAAGAGGACGCCUUGUACCGCCAAUCACUGGGCCUGAGCCCCGAGCCUCUGGCCAAUGGCAGCGUCAGUGUAGCAGGGCUCUGUGUCAACUGGAACCAGUACUACACCAGGUGUCAUACUGGGCACAGCAACCCCCACAAAGGAGCCAUCAACUUCGACAACAUUGCCUAUGCCUGGAUUGUUAUCUUCCAGGUGAUCACUCUGGAGGGCUGGGUGGAGAUCAUGUACUAUGUGAUGGAUGCACAUUCGUUCUACAAUUUCAUCUACUUCAUCUUACUGAUAAUUGUCGGUUCCUUCUUCAUGAUCAACCUGUGCCUGGUCGUCAUCGCCACCCAGUUCUCAGAGACCAAACAGAGAGAGCAUCAGCUAAUGCAGGAGCAACGAGCACAGUGUUCGUCCUCCUCCACCCUCGCCAGUGAACCUGGGGACUGCUAUGAAGAGCUUUUCCAGCUGGUCUGCCACGUUCUCCGCAAGGCCAAGAGACAAACUGUUGCCCUUUUCAACACCCUGCGGGGGAAACCUCGUGGCUUUCGGGGUGUUGGAAGAGGUAGAGUUGGUGGACAAGGGAGGGAGAGGAAAGCCAAUGGACAAGGACGACGUGAGAGGAAAGCAGUUUUGAGACACAGUCCUCCCUGUCCUCACCAUAACAAACCUGACCACGCCUCACCUGCUGAACCCAUGGCCCUCAGUGCCACCUCUGCCUCUGAUGGCUGCCCUCAGUGUGCUGCGGCCCUGUCGCUCACUGACGGUGUUGGACCAGUUCGCAGUGUAGCCAGCGAGGAAGCAGAGGAGGGAGCUGUGGAGGAAACGGACAGGGAGGGGGCACAGUCUGGUGGUAAGGAGAAGGGCAAGAAAGGCCAGGAUAAUUCAGGGAGUCAUGGGGGCUGUAAUCCUAGGAAGCAAUGCAAGGAGCUGUGGUACCAGAUGAGGAUGAAACUGUGGGGCAUCGUGGAGAGCAAGUACUUCAACCGAGGCAUCAUGAUUGCCAUCCUGAUCAACACCAUCAGUAUGGGCAUCGAGCACCACGAGCAGCCAGAGGAGCUCACUAAUGUUCUGGAGAUCUGCAACAUCGUCUUCACCAGCAUGUUCUCCUUGGAGAUGAUCCUUAAACUCACAGCUUUUGGUUCUUUCAACUACCUGCGAAACCCCUACAAUGUUUUUGAUGGAAUCAUCGUCAUCAUAAGUGUAUGUGAGAUCGUCGGCCAGUCUGAUGGCGGCUUGUCUGUGCUGAGGACCUUCAGGCUGCUGAGGGUGCUGAAGCUGGUGAGAUUCAUGCCAGCUCUGAGGAGACAGCUAGUGGUCCUCAUGAAGACCAUGGACAAUGUGGCCACCUUCUGCAUGCUGCUCAUGCUUUUCAUCUUCAUCUUCAGUAUCCUGGGGAUGCACAUCUUUGGCUGCAAGUUCAGUCUUAAGACAGAGACCGGUGAUACAGUACCAGACAGGAAGAACUUUGACUCCCUCCUCUGGGCCAUUGUCACUGUUUUCCAGAUUCUGACCCAGGAGGACUGGAACGUGGUCUUGUACAAUGGUAUGGCAGCUACUUCACCACUUGCAGCUCUUUACUUUGUGGCCCUCAUGACCUUUGGAAACUACGUCCUCUUCAACCUCCUUGUAGCCAUCUUGGUUGAGGGCUUUCAGGCAGAGGGUGAUGCCAAUCGUUCUUAUUCGGACGAUGACCACUCCUCGUCCAACUUUGAUGAGAGUGAGAAACAUGACUCCAUAAAGUUGUCUGACCCAAGGAUCUGCACCUUGACGCCCAACGGCCACCUGGAGCUUGGUGCUCUUUCUGGACCCAGGGGAUCCUAUUCCUCAGAGAGGCAGAGCUUCACCAUCGAGUCCAGAAAGAGCAGUGUGAUGAGCCUGGGCAAGAGCAGCCUGGGCAAGAGCAGCCUGGGCAAGAGCAGCCUGGAGAGACGCUCCCUCUCUCUGCGCCAUGGCCGUAGUUCCAACUACCACAACUGGGGACGCCCUUUCCCUCCACAGUCCGCAUGGAGCCGCAGGUCUAGCUCAAACAGCCUGGGCCGGAGGAGCUAUGGGUUUGGGGGGGCUCCUCUAGUAGGAGGCAGCCUCCGUGUGCGCAGUACCCGCUCCCCCCACUCCUACACCUAUGCUGCAGAGCAGGAGUCCCUUCUCUCCCACCCACCCCACUCCCAUCAUCCUCUACCACCUCAUCAUCCUCCUCCACCCCCACUCUUCCUCUCCAGACACUUUGCUGCGAGGCGGGAUCGACGGGCUCUCUCCCUGGAGCUCCCAGAGCUGCUCCGGGCAGGCGGCCAGCCCCUGGCCCUGCCCCCCGUCCACCCAGACCCUGGGAGGAGGAGCGGGUCCGGAGCAGGGGGAUCCAUCACUGGAGGGUCUGGGGCUGGUAGUGGUUUAGGAGUGGACCACCGGGACUGUAAUGGCAAAGCGCCGGGUCCCCACACCCAGCUGAUCACUGAGGUCUUCCCUCAAGUCAAUGCACGCAAGGACAGAGCAGACCUCGAUGAAGAGACAGACUAUAGUCUGUGCUUUCGUGUCCAGAAGAUGAUGGAGGUAUACAAGCCAGACUGGUGUGAAACCAGAGAGGAGUGGUCUGUCUACCUGUUCUCCCCUCAGAACAAGUUCAGACUGCUCUGCCAGUCUAUUAUCGCCCAUAAGCUCUUUGACUACGUGGUCCUGGCUUUCAUCUUUCUCAACUGCAUCACGGUGGCUCUGGAGAGGCCGAAGAUUCUGCAAGGCAGCCUAGAAAGACUGUUUCUCACCAUUUCCAACUACAUCUUUACGGCCAUUUUUGUUGCGGAGAUGACUGUCAAGGUGGUGUCCAUGGGUCUGUACCUGGGGGAGACAGCCUAUCUGAGGAGCAGCUGGAACAUUCUAGAUGGUUUCCUGGUCUUUGUCUCUUUGAUUGACAUUGUGGUGUCCAUGGCAGGCGGGGCUAAGAUCCUGGGGGUGCUACGUGUUCUCAGGUUGCUCAGGACACUACGUCCACUCAGGGUGAUCAGCAGGGCUCCAGGGUUAAAGCUGGUAGUUGAGACCCUCAUCACAUCCCUCAAGCCCAUUGGCAACAUCGUCCUCAUCUGCUGCGCCUUCUUCAUCAUCUUUGGCAUCCUUGGUGUUCAGCUCUUCAAAGGCAAGUUCUACUACUGUGUGGGUUUCGAUGUGAAGAACAUCACUAACAAAUCCGACUGUCUGGCUGCCAACUAUCGAUGGAUUCACCACAAAUACAACUUUGACAACCUUGGACAGGCUCUGAUGUCCCUGUUUGUGCUGGCCUCUAAAGACGGAUGGGUCAACAUCAUGUACCAUGGCCUGGAUGCAGUGGGAAUAGACCAGCAGCCGGUGACCAACAACAAUCCAUGGAUGCUACUCUACUUCAUCUCCUUCCUCUUGAUCGUCAGUUUCUUCGUCCUCAAUAUGUUUGUGGGUGUGGUGGUGGAGAACUUCCACAAGUGUCGCCAGCACCAGGAGGUGGAGGAGGCCAGGCGCCGUGAGGAGAAACGCCAGCGCCGCAUGGAGAAGAAGAGGAGAAAGGCCCAGAAGCUGCCCUACUAUGCAUCUUACGGACGUGCCCGUCUGGCUAUCCAUGCUCUGUGUACCAGCCACUAUCUGGAUUUGGUCAUCACCUUCAUCAUCUGCAUCAAUGUCAUCACCAUGUCUCUGGAGCACUACAGUCAGCCACAGUCUCUGGAAACAGCACUGAAGUACUGCAAUUACUUCUUCACCUCCACCUUUGUGAUUGAGGCUUCUCUGAAAUUGGUGGCCUUUGGCUUUCGGCGCUUCUUCAAGGACAGGUGGAACCAGUUGGACCUGGCCAUUGUGCUGUUGUCAGUGAUGGGCAUCACCCUGGAGGAGAUUGAGAUCAAUGCCUCCCUCCCCAUCAACCCCACCAUCAUCAGGAUCAUGAGGGUGCUCAGGAUAGCACGAGUGUUGAAGUUGUUGAAAAUGGCAACUGGGAUGAGAGCUCUGCUAGACACAGUGGUCCAGGCUCUUCCUCAGGUGGGAAACCUUGGUCUGCUCUUUAUGUUGCUCUUCUUCAUCUAUGCUGCUCUGGGCGUGGAGCUGUUCGGAGAGCUGGUGUGUAACGCUGACUACCCCUGUGAAGGAAUGAGCCGCCACGCCACCUUUGAAAACUUUGGAAUGGCCUUCCUCACACUCUUCCAGGUUUCUACUGGUGACAACUGGAAUGGCAUCAUGAAGGACACGCUAAGGGAGUGCCCGCCAGGCCGUCCAGGCACUGAUUACGGUUGCCACGCUGGACUACAGUUCAUCUCUCCGAUGUAUUUUGUGUCGUUCGUGCUCACGGCUCAGUUUGUCCUGAUAAACGUGGUGGUGGCCGUGCUCAUGAAACAUCUGGAUGAUUCCAACAAGGAGGCGCAGGAAGACGCUGAGAUGGACGCCGAGAUUGAGCUGGAGCUGGCUCAGGGAGGCCUCUGCUGCAUGAUGGGAGGCAUCGGAGCCAUCGCCGGGGCAACGGCUGGUGCUGCUAGUGGGGCAAACAUGGGCGGAGGAGUGUCUGGUGCAAUUACAGCGGGGGCAGUUGGGGGUCCAAGUGGUGUGGUGAUGAUGGCACCAUUGCGAGAUGGAGGAGGAGGCAGUGCAGGUCAUGAGGGACAUACAAAUCAUCGAUGUCGGCUCUAUUCUCCAGCUCAGGAGAGCCAGUGGCUGGACAGUGUAUCUUUGCUGAUUAAGGACUCGUUGGAAGGUGACAUGAUCGACAACCUCUCUGGUUCAGUUUUCCACCACUACUGCUCUCCUCCUGUCUGCAAGGACUGUAAGAGUCACCCACAAGAGAUCCGAUUGGCAGAGGUAGAGCAGGCAUCUCUGAUGUCAGAGCAGCUGUCAGACAAGUCAUCGUCUCCGGCGCUGCCUGAUGACCUCAGCCUGGAUGAACACUGCAGCUACCAGCUGCUGGUCAGAGACAGCCAGAGGGGCAGCAGUGAUUCCCGCAGUUCGGAGGAGUUGCCCGCCCAGGGGGGCUACAGAGGGCUUCGACCCUCCAGCUCAGGAAGUGAGGAGGGGGUACAGGAGUUGUUUGAGGUGGGUGUCCAUCCUCAACUGAAUCCCCCCUCGCUGGAGCAAAGCCCGGCACAUUGCUCAGAUGGUGAUGGAGGAAGUUGCAGCGGAGGUGGUGGUGGGUCCUCACCAGUUUUCCACCUACCAGCAGACUUCUUCCACCCAGCUGCCGCAGCUCAUCCGGGCAGUCCUGGGGACAGUGUUAGCCCAGGAGACAAAGGGCCGUCCAGGUUGGCCUCCCCAGCCUCCUGGGCCUCGCUUCGCUCACCCGGAGCCAACAGCAGGCCCCUGAGCUCUCAGCACCCAUCCCACAGUGACUCCUCCCUGGCCACGGGCAGUUCAGAGGGCAGCCUGCAGACCACUCUAGAGGAGGGUCUCAGCUUCAGCGUCUCCCCUCCUCGGGAUUUGGAUCUCCCUGUGCCUCUCCUCAGCCCCCUCCCCAGCCACCAUUUACAUCCCCAGGUACCAGCCACAGGAGACCAAGGCAACCCUCUACUAAAGAGACGCAGUACUACUUUUACCCUCCAAGCCACCAGGGGGCACCAGAGGAGCCAGAGCAGCUGCGGCGGUGGCAGCACCAGCCCCGGCUGUCCCCGACAAGACUCCAUGGACCCCUCAGAUGAAGAUGUGGGCACGGGGACGGGCGGAGAUGGUUGCCGCCAGACCUUUAGCAGCGAACACUUGUCAGAAACACUGAACAGCCUCUCAUUGACGUCGCUGCUCACCCCGGGCUCUCUGGCACCCCCACUGGUGAAGAAAUGUAACAGCACAGGCUCUUUGGACCAGGCCAAUCUAUCUGCCCGGAGUAAAGAUGGACGCCACUUCUAUGGCAUAGAUGCCCAUGGUUACUUGUCCAACCCCUGGACGGAAGGAAGGGUGAGAGGUAAGGAGGAGGACAGUGAUGUCACUGGCUUUAGCAUGAAAAACAGCAGCCAACCCACAGACACAACCUCCAGAAAAAAUAGAUGAAACACCUGUUGCCUCUCUGUAGUGGAACUCUUUAACCAUUUGCAUUUCUGGACCUUCAACAGAACAGGGAGAGACUUUUAAUACAAGUCCUGUGAACUCAAUUCUGAAAUUCUCUCUUGUCUCUAUCGUCAGUUUCCCUCUUCCUUCCUUGGAUCUGGCUGGUUGGGAUCAGUCAUUUCUCAAAAGAUUACAGUUUCUUCUGAGUUUUGACAUCCUCUCUUUUCCACAGGAUAUGUAGUUGCUGUUUGAAAAGGACUUAAUGAUAAUGACAAGGGGCUUAGCCUUUUAGCAUAACCAAGAUUCAGCCUGGCAGUCCUGGCUUUAUAUUUGAGCCAUGCUGAAACACAGAAUAUUCAGAAAGCCAUUAGAGAGACAGGCCUGACACUCACAGUGACUGAUGAACAUUACUAAGGUGAUGUUAAUUAGAUCAAACAGCUAAAAAAAUCAAUUUUCUCUAAGGAACAGGGCUUGCUUGACCCAACAUGCCCUCAACCUUUGUGCAAAAACAGUGUUGUCAAUAUUGGACAGAUAGCAAACCAUGAUGCUUCUUUUGAAGAACUGAACUUUGUACAGUAAUUUUUGUUUGUUUGUUUGUUUAUGUUUUUUUUUUUUUUGUAAUCAUCACUACAGUAGCAUCAACCAACCUUUUUUCCUCUUUAGCAGAUUCGGUGGGUAACAGAAAAUUGAAAGGUCCUAUAUUUUCUGUGUACUUUUUCAACUUCAGUGUAUUGAAGUUGUGUGAAUGUAGACAUGUCUGUCUCCGUUUGUGAGGGAGAGGGAGACCAAGACAAGCAAGGAGCCAGGCUAGUCUGAAAAUUGACAAAGGGCGUCUUUGAAUAGAAGAAUGGAUAUGUGACUGCUGCUGAGAAUACAUGUGGGUUGCUAGUGGAAGCGUUGGCCACUUUCAGAGUGGACUCUUUGUACUUUCUACAUACCCAUGAAAGGGCUAAAAUGUAUUGAGUGCAGACCUGGGCCAAAUACUAUUGGCAAAGAAUCUUGAAAGUGUUUUAAAGUGUCUUUAAGGUACAUCCAUUACUUUCAAAGACUUCUUCUGCUGAUAAUAUAUACAGUAUAUAUAUAUACACACAGAUAUAAGAUCACAGAAAUGAACAUUGUCUUGUGAGACUACAGGUCAGACUUCUCAGAAAACACGGACAGUUUCUUCUGUAUUUCAGAUUUAAAGAUAAAAGAAUUUUAAAUGAGGUUAUACCCAGCACAACCCAGCCUCUUCACACUCUGCUAACAUGAUACAUGGGUAGUAGUGUUUCCUACAGGUCAAAAAUAUACUUUUAAAGGACAGCAGGUAAAUAAAGUAUUAUAAAAAUAUUUCAAUAUAUAAAAUGUACAUUGAAAGCUUUACAACAGUAGGUGUCAUCCAGUUUUCCCAGAAUUCUCCAGCUUCACCUUCUGUGCUACACACUAACACCAUCUCUGUAUUAGCCAGUUAUGGAUGCCCUGAGAAGCAAGUGAGAAAAAAAAUUCUGAAACAAAUUGUUCUCUCUUCUAUGUUUGUGACCUACAAGAACAGGUGGGAAAGGUUUUGCUAGGUUUGCUUUUGUAAAGGUUCUUAAUUUUUUGUUGUUGAAUAGGCAGCUGUUGAGUCUGAUUUGAAGAUUAAGACUUAGAGCUAAUAGACGAAUUACAACUGAAGUAAAGGAGGAUUUGUUUCCUGUGUUAAGUGGCUCAAAGAUGCUGCUGAAAAUUAUUAAGAUAUUUCAGUUAGUUAACUCUUGUCUACAUGCUAACUAUGUAGCCCUGCUGUAUAAUGUUUUAGGAGUAAUGAUAUCCGUCAUUGUUGAUUCCUCAAGCAACUUAUUGCCAUUAUAAAAUCACUCUGGGCCUUUGAAUCACCCUAACUGGCUAACCUAAAGAAUUUCAGUGUUGGCUGUUUGACUAAUACUAACUUAAUAACUUGUAUUUUGUACAAAUUGUCACCUGUUCAGGUGGACAUGCAAUCAGUGUAACAUGACAGAUACACUAAAGACAAUGAAACUGAGUCAGGUCAACAGCAUCACAAACAACAUCCCCUGAAAAUAAUCCUAAAAUUGAAUCUCUCUAAAACAGUUUCAGCCUUAUAGAUUUAAUGAAGGUAAGACUGAUUGCAAGACUGUUGUUAGACUGCUUUAGUUUUAGUUAGCUGUACCUAAUAAACUGGCAAAUGAGUAUGUAAGUGUGCAGCUCUAUGGAAUGGGUCUGGGGAUUCAGAGCAAGCUGGAUGAUAUCAAACUGUCUUUAUCAGCCUUUUUUAUAUGGGCCAAAUUAUACUUGAACAGCUGUUAAAUCUAUGUUAUAUGUUGAGCAAGAUACCCAUGGGAAACAUGGGUAAGGUUCUUAUAGGGUCAGUUUACUGUCAGGUUACUAGAAGAUGGGAUUUACAGGUUUUAUUUGCUGCAUUAAACCCAAAUGUUUAUUUGACUCAGGUCUGCUUGAGUGUAGCAAGAUAUUAUGGCAAGCAAUGUGGUCCAAGUUGGUGUAAUGUGUAAGUUUGAGCACUUGUUUGUCAGACAUUUUGACAAAAUGUAAUGACCCAUCACAUAAUACACAUAGUUGUUUCACAAUCUUUAAAUUCCAUAGCAGGUAGACCUCAGGUGGCCCUUAUGCACUCACACACAGCAUCAUAUGUAACACAUACUGAAGCACAUACAGUACACACAUGUCACAUUGACAAACAGCCACACAUAUCAUACAAAGAUGUCAAUGUCAAAACACUGCAGGAUGUUUCUGUAGCUGUUUGAGAUGAGACAGAAGAAACCUCAGUGUUUAUCUCUUUCUCUACUUUGUCUUCAUUCCCCUCAUUAUUCUCAUUCAAUUGUAUUAUCUCCCUUCCACAGGGAAGCCAGAGUAUUAAAUGACUAUUGACUACCCCUCUCUAUUCGAGAUAUGCAAUAUGCUACAGUAGAUGUACAGUUAGAUGUAUGAGACUCGUAUAGAUAGGCAAUAUGGUGAGAGAAGAUUAUAUUUAUGAAUUCAUGUAUUAGAAUAAAAUGUCACAAAGAUUCAAAGGUCACUGAAAGGAUGAUGAUGUAUUCAUGUAUUCCAGAGUGUUGGAGUGUGUGUUUUCUCUUUUUCCCUCCAUCUCCCCAACCUUUCUUUUUUUUCCUCCAAAUUGCAUGUGGGUUUUUUUCCUCUGUUUUCUUAAUGUCAUUCUAGUGUCAUAUAAAAGUGAGAUAGAUUUUCAACAGCCUCUGACUCCUGAUGUGUUUAUUUCAAAAUAAGGGUUGCUACAAUUUUUACAUUUUUUGUUCUUCAGGGUUGUGUCAGAGUUCAGUGUUGGUCUCAGUUCCUUCUUCCUUCAGUAUAAAAAGCUUAAUUAAUUUAACUGUGUCCCUAAUGGUAUGUCUAGAUGCAAAAUAUGUAUGCAUUACUGCUAAAUUGUAUUAAGCUGAAUGAAAAAUUCAGCCUCAGGCUUUAACUUGAUUUAUUUUACAUGCGUUAAUUCAGGAAAAUUCCCUCUUGAAUGUUAUACAUUAAAUACAACAUGGUGUUACCUGCUUCAAGGCAAAAACAUGUAAGUAUUUUGUCAUUUCUGUCCUUUUUUCC